AUGACUGAAUUCUUACAGUUAACUUUACCAGAUUACAGUUUAAACGAUGAUGCGACAAAAGUAACUCAAGAUAAUCUUUGCAUUUGCUGUUUAAGCAAAAAUGUUUCACUAAUUAAUUUAACAAAUUGUAAACAUCUUCACAUUUUUGAUGUUUUAUUGGAUAUUAAGAUACAAAUGCAUGAUAACUUCAUCUGUUAUUCAUGUCAUAAUAUACUAAAAAAAUUAGAAGACUUCAAGAUACAAGUACAACAAAGUAUUAAUAUAUUAACAAAUAAUGCAACAUCUAUAAAAACACUGAAACCACAUCAAAACUUGAUAUUCUCACAAAUCGAAAUAAAUUCAACAAUAAAUUCAGAACCAAUACAAUUUCAAGUGAAAGACAAUUCCAAUAAAACAUUAGAUCUGAAAUUAGAAUGCGAGACCGAAAUCAAAAUAGAGCAUGAAAGUUCAGAUUUUGAAGAUAUACCGUUGGUUGAAAUUAAAAAUAAAAGAUAUAAGAAGAUAAAAGAAAAUAGAACACUAUUACAAAAGAAAUAUGAUGGAAAAAUAAAAAUAACUGUUCUAAGUAUGGAGGAAAUGUUGGCAGAUAGAAAGCAGGAAGCGUUGAAAAAGAGUUUUGUUAAUUUGCCAUACAAGUGUGAAUAUUGUAUUACUGCUUUCGACCAUGAACUGACUUACAAGGACCAUAUGGAGAAACGACAUGAAAAAAAAAAUGGUGGCUAUACAUGUAAGAUUUGUAAAUCAAUUCUAAGCACGAAGUCUUCGUAUGAUGAACAUUACAAAAGACAUUUUAGGCGGUACGAAUGCAUUGAAUGCGGUAAAAGAAAUAACAAUGUUUAUUCUGUUUUGAAACACUACAACGAGAACCAUGGGAAAAUAGGGACUCAAUUCGCUUGUAAUCUAUGCGAUUUCACCACUGAAUCUCAUAGAGUAUAUCGCUACCAUCAAGAGAAACACCGUAAAGCCAAAGUGGAGUGCGACAAAUGUGGUAACACUUUCGUCAACAAUAACGGCCUAAGGAAUCAUAUGUUUACCGUUCACGGUCAGUCCAGUAGAGUAUACUCGUGUGACCAAUGCGGUAAAAUAUACCGUGCCAAGUCUGGUCUUACCGCACACUUGGCGAAACACGCGCCAAGUACGCCCGCGUACUGUGUGCCUUGUGACACACAUUUUAGAAACGAAAUUGGCUUGAAACAUCAUUUGAAAACGCACUCGAAACAUAUUUCUGAUAGCGAUAAACGAUUUGUUUGCAACGAAUGCGGCGCCAAGUUCUUAUUGAAAAGCUAUUUGCAAGAACAUAUUGAUUGGACGCAUUUGAAUAAAAGCAAACACGCCUGCAACAAAUGUCCUAAAGUAUUCAAAAAUAAGUCUUGUUUAAAUAAACAUAGAGACUUUGUACAUGAAAAGAAAAGGCUUCCAAGAAACAAAAUAUGUGAUUAUUGUGGAAGGGGCUUUACUCCCGCUCCACAUUCACGUGAGGUCCUCGCCGGUAAUCUCGGCAAGAAUCUCAGCGACAAUCUCGACGAGAACUUCUUUGGGUACACACUCGCAAGGUUCUUAAUACAGUUCUCACGCUCGAUGACGAUGGACGCAGAAGUAACUGCUGCGAUAAGUUUAUUGCUAUGCGAAUUUGCAUAUUAUAAUUACGCUUAUAUUAAAGAUAAAAAACAAACACGCACAACUGUUCUAAUCGGCGAGUCGCUCGCUACUGAGAAACAUGCGAGUGUGGAGUCAAUACAAGUUCUGUCGCUCAGCAUCCUGCAGGCGCACGUGCGCACGCACACCGGCGAGCGGCCGCUGCGCUGCGCGCGCUGCGCCGCCGCCUUCGCGCACCCCGCCGCGCUCUACACGCACGGGAAGCUCGUGCACGGCAAG